AAAUUUUACAAGCUCGCCGUGUAUGGCGAAGGAGGUCACUUUGACUGGCAUCGCGACUUAACGCACGAUGACGCCCACCAUGGAACAGUUCUCAUUGCACUCAACACCAAGUGGGAGGGAGGAGAGCUUAUGCUGAAGCAUAGAGGUGUUGAGGCAAGUGUUGAUAUGCACCCAACCGCGACCAUCAACGAGUUCCGGCCAAUCGUAGUUGCAUUCUACACGGACACGGAACAUAAAAUCAUGUCCGUGACGAACGGG